AUGGAGGAUAAAAGUGAGCCCAGAAAAGCUCUAGCUGGGUUCUUGAUAAAGUAUCACUCGAAGCAGCUGGAGUCCAUAAUCCUCUCUCCUGACCCUCGAAUUCACUAUCCUAUACAUAUUGAUUUUGCAGAGUUAAUGGAUGAGAGCCCGCAUCUCGCAAACCUCAUUUUCUCACAGUCCAUCGAAUAUUUAUCAUUUUUUGACGAAUCCGCGAUUUGGGCUCAGAAAGUGAUGUUCGAGGAUUUCAAGAAAUUUGAAAAUGCAACUGUGAAGGAACAUGUACACGUUCGUGUUAAUGUCUGUGGUUCUCCUCUCGAAUGCCCUGAAACAUUUCCGAGUAUUGGACGUGUGAGAGUGAAGCACCGUGGGAUUCUUCUCACCCUCAAAGGGACAGUAAUCAGGUCAGGAGCAGUCAAGAUGAUUGAAGGAGAGAAGAUUUAUGAGUGUCGAUUAUGUAAACACAGGUUCAAAGUUCACCCAGAAGUCGAAACUAGAAAUUCCAUACCCAAGCCAACAUUUUGCCCCUCUCAGAAUUGUGAAAGCACACGUUUCCAUAUUGUAGAAGACACCAAAAUAUGUCAUGAUUAUCAGGAAAUUAAAAUCCAAGAGAGUACUCAGGUUUUGGGUGUUGGAGCUAUCCCUCGUUCAAUUCCUGUUAUACUGAAGGACGAUCUCGUGGACAUAGUUAAAGCUGGAGAUGAUGUGAUAGUUACUGGGGUUCUGACAGCAAAAUGGUCCUCUGAUAUGAAGGGCGUGCGCUGUGACCUUGAUCCUGUAUUAAUUGCUAACCAUAUAAGGAGGAUGAAUGAGCUAAAGUCAGGUAUCGAUAUCCCCGACGAUGUUAUUUUAAAAUUCAAGCAGUUUUGGUCGGAAUUUAAAGAUGCCCCACUGAAAGGCAGGAAUGCCAUUCUACGAGGUAUCUGUCCACAGGUGUUUGGACUCUUCACUGUAAAGCUUGCAGUUGCCCUAACACUUAUUGGUGGGGUCCAACAUGUUGACGCUUCUGGGACAAAAGUUCGUGGGGAGUCUCAUUUGCUUCUGGUUGGAGAUCCUGGAACUGGAAAGUCUCAGUUCUUGAAGUUCGCUGCUAAAUUGAGCAACAGAUCCGUUAUUACAACUGGAUUAGGAAGUACUAGUGCUGGAUUGACUGUUACCGCAGUCAAGGAUGGAGGGGAAUGGAUGUUAGAAGCUGGGGCUCUUGUAUUGGCAGAUGGCGGCCUUUGUUGCAUAGACGAGUUCGACAGCAUGAGGGAACAUGAUAGGGCAACCAUUCAUGAGGCUAUGGAGCAGCAAACAAUAAGUGUAGCCAAGGCUGGUCUUGUAACAACGCUCAGCACAAGGUCAAUUGUUUUUGGCGCAACAAAUCCAAAGGGACACUAUGAUCCUGAUCAAUCUCUAUCUGUCAACACCACACUUUCUGGACCUUUGUUAAGCAGAUUUGAUAUAGUAUUAGUCCUGUUAGACACAAAGAAUCCAGAGUGGGAUGUAGUUGUUUCGUCGCACAUUCUUUCCGAGCAAGCAGAACGAGGUAAAGGCAACUCUGAUGAAAAUCUAAAAAAUAGUUGGCCUCUUCCUCUGCUUAGAAGGUACAUACACUUUGUGAAGGGAUAUUUUAGACCAGUCCUUACAAAGGACGCUGAAAAGGUUAUUUCUAGCUAUUAUCAACUCCAAAGAAGAUCCGCUACUCAUAAUGCAGCAAGAACAACUGUGCGCAUGCUGGAAAGUUUGAUACGACUUGCUCAAGCGCAUGCAAGGUUGAUGUUUAGAAAUGAGGUUACUCGGCUAGAUGCAGUCACUGCCAUAUUAUGCAUUGAAUCAUCCAUGACCACUUCAGCUAUUGUUGAUAGCGCUGGGAAUGUGUUGCACUCCAAUUUUACAGAAAACCCUGAUGAAGAAUAUGCCAAGCAAGAAAGGCUAAUUCUAGAGAAGUUGAGUUGCAUCGACGAAUUUCCCGGCAUAAACAUGCUUGAAGGGUGA